GGGCGGGGUUUCAGCCAAGAGGGCGGGCUGGGGGAGAAAGGAUAAGAAAGGGAGUGGAGCUGGCGCCUACGGUGGCCGAAGUGGGACGCGCCGAGCCAGAGGCUGCAGGAUGAUGCGAUUCAUGCUGCUGUUCAGCCGGCAGGGAAAACUGCGGCUGCAAAAAUGGUACCUGGCUACUUCAGACAAGGAGCGAAAGAAGAUGGUUCGGGAGCUGAUGCAGGUUGUUCUGGCUCGCAAGCCCAAGAUGUGCAGCUUCCUGGAGUGGAGGGACCUCAAGGUUGUCUAUAAGAGAUACGCCAGUCUCUACUUCUGCUGCGCCAUCGAGGGCCAGGACAAUGAGCUCAUCACGCUGGAGUUGAUCCACCGAUAUGUGGAGCUCCUGGACAAAUACUUUGGCAGUGUGUGCGAACUGGACAUCAUCUUCAACUUUGAGAAGGCCUACUUCAUCUUGGAUGAGUUUUUGAUGGGGGGGGAUGUCCAGGACACCUCCAAGAAGAGUGUGCUAAAGGCCAUCGAGCAGGCAGACCUGCUGCAGGAGGAGGAUGAGUCGCCACGCAGUGUGCUGGAGGAGAUGGGUCUGGCGUAGUCCGGUCGCCCAGCCGGGCAUGGAAAUGGGAACUGGUGGGGAGCAGGGCGUGAGUGGCUGCUUCUCCCCGUCUAGCCCAGGGCCCUUUUCUCGGUGGGACCCUGCUGCUCCUCUGCUGCCUCACCUUCCUUUGGAGUGAGCUGUGGGCUCUCUGGCCCUUGAAACAUUGCCUCCCUCCACCCCUCCUUCCUCUUUCCCCUUUGCCACUGAAGGUUCUAGGAGCUAGGAGACAGGAAAAUGUGACCAAGACAGGGGUGCUAUUUGGCUUUCAUUCCCUGCCUUUGAAGAACCAAUGCCCCCAGAUGUCCUCCCCUCCCUAUAACUGUAAAUAUAUAAAUAUGUCAGGUUAAA